UUAGGUCAGGAUUCAGCUGUAAACUGUGACAGCUCUCGGAUCACACUCCUGCUCUAAAAUAGCAACAAUGCUGCUUUACCUUGAACUUAGCGAUGUCUACCACUAAGGGUAAGUCAGUGAGGUCCUCUGCUUCAUACCAAGGUACCUCCUCAUUACAAAUGCAGGAUGCGUUGCAGUCCCAGCUCCAUGCUCAACCUGUUACGCACGGGGCGCUUGCGGUCAUGCAGUAGGCGAGGGAGGAGCAGACUCCCCUUAUGGCUCCGGAAGAUAUGGCUUUACCUAAAGCUGCUGGUUCGGUCACUUUGUUUCAAUUCCCUCACAGACUCCGAUGUAGUUUUCGACUCCAUCUUUGAGCCGGUGUUUUGGACUGUGGAUUAUGUCACACGAUGGUUUGGCCUGGUAUUUGUUUGUCUGGUGGUGAUACUGACCAGCUCCAUCGUGUUGAUCGCCUACAUAGUACUUCUUCCUCUGGUCUUAAACACUUACUCUCCUCCAUGGAUUGCUUGGCACAUAUGUUAUGGACACUGGAACCUCAUCAUGAUCGCUUUUCACUACUACAAAGCUGCAAAGACUUCCCCUGGAUAUCCUCCUACAGAAAAAAAUGACCGGCCUUUUGUUUCAGUCUGUAAAAAAUGCAUCAUGCCUAAACCAGCAAGAACUCAUCACUGUGGUAUCUGUAACAGGUGCAUUUUGAAAAUGGACCACCAUUGCCCGUGGUUGAAUAACUGCGUGGGUCAUUUGAACCACCGUUAUUUCUUCUCGUUCUGCCUUUUCAUGACUCUCGGCUGUGUCUACUGUAGCAUCAGCGGCAGAAACCUGUUCCUUGAUGCGUACAACGCUCUAGAGCGCUUUAAACAUUUGGAUUUGGAAAAGCCGGGAAUUCCUGUAACAGGGAUGGGACCUCUUAUAGGGCUUCUUCCAUCUGGACAGACCAACUUCCAGACAGCUGCACCUCCAUACACCUUCAAGGACAGGAUGAUUCAUAAGAGCAUCAUCUACAUGUGGGUUCUCACCAGCACUGUGGGUGUGGCUCUGGGAGCUCUGACAGUUUGGCAUGCUGUUCUCAUAUCCAAAGGAGAGACCAGCAUAGAGAGACACAUGAACAAGAAGGAAAGACAGAGACUGGCAGCCUGGGGCAAGGUUUACAGAAACCCUUUCCACUAUGGAAAGCUGAACAACUGGAAAAUCUUCUUUGGGGUGGAGAAAAAUAGUCACUGGGUGACACGUGUUCUGCUCCCCUCUGGACACCCGCCACAUGGAGAUGGCUUGACAUGGGACAUCUUCCCAGUCAGGAAGGACUUGAUACCUGUAUGACAGACUGGUUCAGUACACCUGUAGCCCAAAAUUAUUUCUCUGUCAACCGACGUUAUCCAGCUGGCUCACAGGAUUCCCACUAGGUGAUUCCACCAGACCCUAUCAACCUCCAUUACCUCAAAAUGACGGGUUUAGAUAGAAUUCUCCCCAUAAAUAUUUCUUGUAAACUGACUCGAGUUUGAGCACAUGAGUAUUGGAUAGAAAAAAAAAAACACCAAAAAACAC